CGCGCGCACGCACGCACGCAUUGUUCCGCCGUCGACCGCGACUCCUCCGUGUGUACGGUAUUUUUAGUUGAUUACCGAAAAACAAAGUAUACGAAUUAUUAUUAUUUUCCUUUUAGAUCUUCCGCCGGGGACUCGUCGUGAGAAGUCGAAACACGCUUUGGAACGUCCCCGCUCUGCCGACCGAUCACAUAAACGUCAGACGUACACGCGCUAUAAAAAAAAAAAACCCGCACACCGCAAGUCUCGCGUACCCGACAUCGCCGCCGUUCGACUCAACAGCAGUUCGUGUCGUCGUUGCCGUUUAUUAUCAACAAAAAAAAAAUAACUCGAACCGCCGUCACCGCCCAACAACAGCAAAGGUUUUUUUUAAAUAAUUCGCUAUCCUACGCCGAUCAUGCCAACAGCGUUGUUAUACAGCUGAGCCGCCGCCGCCGUCGUCGGAAAAUGUUAUAGCAGAUACCAACUGCUUCUUGAGUGCGACCGGAACAAAGUUUCGGAAAGUUGUAAACGAUCAAACGACCACUGUUAGGUAUAUUAGUCAAAUGGCGCUGCCGAGCCGAGCGCGAGUUUAUGCCGAUGUUAAUUCUCAUAAACCUAGAGAAUACUGGGAUUAUGAAUCGUACACUGUUGAGUGGGGGCAACAAGAUGAUUACCAGUUAGUAAGAAAACUUGGUAGAGGCAAGUACAGUGAAGUUUUUGAAGCAAUUGACGUAACCAAUAGUGAAAAAUGUGUUGUGAAAAUAUUAAAGCCAGUAAAGAAAAAGAAAAUCAAAAGAGAGAUAAAAAUUCUUGAAAACUUGAGAGGAGGUACCAAUAUUAUAUCGCUGCAAGCAGUGGUUAAAGAUCCUGUAUCUCGAACACCUGCUCUUAUUUUUGAGCAUGUUAAUAACAUGGAUUUUAAACAACUUUACCAGACUUUGAAUGACUAUGAUAUUAGAUUUUAUCUCUACGAGUUGCUCAAGGCAUUAGAUUAUUGUCAUAGUAUGGGCAUCAUGCACCGUGAUGUAAAGCCUCACAAUGUCAUGAUUGACCACGAAAACAGAAAAUUGCGCCUUAUUGAUUGGGGUUUAGCAGAGUUUUAUCAUCCUGGUCAAGAAUACAAUGUCCGAGUAGCUUCCAGAUAUUUUAAGGGUCCCGAAUUACUCGCUGAUUAUCAGAUGUAUGAUUACUCAUUGGAUAUGUGGUCACUGGGUUGCAUGUUAGCCAGUAUGAUUUUCCGAAAAGAACCGUUCUUCCACGGUCAUGACAAUUACGAUCAACUUGUACGUAUUGCUAAGGUUCUUGGAACAGAAGAACUUUUUGAAUAUUUAGAUAAGUAUCAUGUGGAACUGGAUCCAAGGUUUUCAGAUAUUUUGGGAAGACAUUCAAGAAAGCGAUGGGAACGUUUUGUGCAUAGUGAAAACCAACAUCUUGUCACUCCAGAGGCUUUGGAUUUCUUAGAUAAACUUUUACGUUACGAUCAUUUUGAGCGGUUGACUGCCAGAGAAGCGAUGGAUCAUCCAUAUUUCUAUCCUGUAGUAAAAGAACAGUCACGAAUUAACUUGGGCGCGUCAUCAGUAUCUCCAACACCAAUUACAGCAGGCGGAAAUGGCAUAACUUCACCGAAUGCUGUUGGUGUUCUCCAGUGAGAGUUCCUCAAUGAGACAUUGCUGCUUUUUUUGCUUUUGGACAAAAUUAAUUAAAAAUAUAUAUAUUUAAUUAAAAAAUAGAAAUCAACACCUUUAUCUCAGGAAUAUCACACUCAAAAAAAAAAAAAAAACAAUUUUGUUUUAUUUUUUAUUUUUUACUUGUAUUAUUUCUAUUAAAAAAAAAGGUUAUUAUUUAAUGUUUAGGUCUUUUGUGUAUAAAUUGAUAAUAUUUUUCUUACUAAAACCGUGAAGAAUACUAAAUGUUUCUUGUACAUAGUACUCUUACCUCCAUUCCCCCAUCUCCCAAAAAAAAAAAAAAUCAACCAUACAAAUUAAAAUAAUGACGGGAAUUCGAAUUUUUUUUUUGAUUAUGUAUAAAUUUGGCAGAGAUUAACAAUUCGAAAUGAUUAAGUCAACCAUUUCUCCUGCUCUUCUAUGUAAUUUAUUUAUAUAACACUAUGUGUUUGUUGCCUUGUUACAUUAAAAAUAUAUACAUUACAAAUUUAUAUAUUUUACAAAUGAAUAAUGUAAAUAAUUAUGAUUAUAACAAUAAAUUACGUUUAAAAAAAGAUAAAAGAAAGGAUUACAAAUCAAAUACCUUUAGUUUUUUUUUUUUUUAAGUAGUUAAACAAAAUGUUUUAUACUCAUAUUUAAUAUGUAUAUUGUUAAAAGAAAAAUUAUGAGUAAUAUCGAAAAUUGAUUUAAGAACUGCUAACAAGAUCUUUAAUAUUAUUUCAGUGUCGGUAUGAACUAUGUAGCUUUUUGUCGCCUCCGAUAAAUUGAAAUCGAAAUUUUUCUGUUCUGUUUAAUAGGUUAUUACCAUUAUUAAUAUUAUUAUUAUUAUUACUUUUAUUAUCUUUUUGUUAUUUUUAAAAGUAAAAUUGUAUAAAAUAGUUUUACGUGUAAUAGCACGUGAAUAUAUGUAUACAUUAUUUAUAUUUAUUUUUUUGACAUCCUGCAUUGAAGGGAGUAAUCAUCAUGAAACAGUGAUUUAAUAUUCUGGAUGUUUUAAAAUACAAUAAUAUUACAUGGUGGUGCA